UUCCGCACUGCACUGCACGUAACUUUUGGCCAAACAAUUUUUAAAAUUUUGAUAAUAAAUCAUGAUAAUACUGAAUAAAGGCUCACUCCUCAGGCAGAUCCUACGGCGCUGUCACAGCGAAGUGGCUGCCUGCAGCAAGGUCACUAGCCCCUUGACUGCAUUCUUUGGGAAGUGGCCGGAAGCGGAGCAGCAGGAGUUUGUCCAACACAUGCGCAUCAUCCCUGACUUCAUCACCGAAGCGGAGGAACAACAGCUCCACGAAGAGGUUGAGCCGUACAUGAACCGCCUGCGCUACGAGUUCGACCACUGGGACGACGCCAUACACGGUUUUAGGGAGACUGAGCGCAAGAAGUGGUAUCCACAUAACCGCGAUGUCCUGGAGCGUGUGCGUCAAGUGGCCUUCGAUGGAGCCAUUAUGCCUUACAUCCAUGUGCUGGAUCUUGCCGCUGACGGUGUCAUCAAGCCGCACGUGGACAGCACAAGGUACUGCGGCACCACCAUCUCGGGCAUCAGCCUGCUCAGCGACAGCGUAAUGCGUCUCGUGCGCACCGAUGCCCAGAAGUACCAGCAGCCCAGCAUUGAGAUAUCGACGGAAGCCAAGAGCCCCGACUCUGAUGCAGUAUAUGGCCAUCGGCGUUUUCCAGAGGCAUUGCUGGAGGAUGGUUUUUACGCAGAUCUGCUGCUGCCGAGGCGCUCGCUCUACAUAAUGUGCCACACGGCUCGCUACAACUUCACCCAUGAGAUACUGGCCAAGGAGCAAUCUGCGUUCCUCGGCGCACCCAUACCAAAGGCACGUCGCAUAUCCAUCAUUUGCCGCAACGAUCCAUGAUGAUGACCUCGCUGCGAGAAUGCUGAUGGCUUAAUGCGGAAACGCUUCCCUUCCUAUUAUAAUUGAA